UGUUGGGCCCUUUCUUGUAAUUUUCCCCAAAGUUUUUGACCAGCAUUUUAAGGAGCAAACUGAUGCAGAAACGCAGAGAAAAUGAGAAAGGAAGCAAACGCACAAACGGGAGAGAGAGAGAGAGGAAGAAGAGAAGAGAAAGGGAGGGAGUUAGGCUUGGAUCUAGGAGUCUUUGCGACCGUUGCGAGCUCGGCUACACGAUAGAAAAUUGUUGGUGGAACUUAUUGAGAAGUAAGGAACAAGCCGAGCCCUAUUUUGUACAAGGGGAACUCUUUUAGUACCAAAGGGUUGAGGUCCAGGCGAAGGAUCCAGUGGUGGACGGGGAAAAGAGCAAAGCUAGGGGUUUGCUUGUGAUUUGAGGGGAGAAAGGUCCGUACGCUUGUAGCCGUACACCUUUCAGUUCUAAUAUGGCUCGAAGGGGAAGGGGUAGAUCGAGGAAUGAGGAACGACCACCACCUCUACCUCCUCCGCCUCCACCUCCGCCUCCACCUCCACCACCACCACAGGGGACAGAUGCAGUCAUGGCUAGGCUGCUUGAAGUUAUGGUGGAUAUACAGCAAAAUCUUAGAAGUCAUACUGUUCCAGAUCAGCAUGUUGACCUAAGUGCUGGGCAGGGAUCUUCUAGUACUAUGGGAGCUCAUGCACCAGUUGUUAAUAAUCGAGAGAAUGACAUAUCUGAACCUUGGAAGGAAUUCUCUCGCUCUAAUCCGACUACAUAUGAUGGUAGUAUGCUUGAUGGGAAAGCUGAAGAGUGGUUGGAUCGGAUGGAGCAGUUAUUUACUGUUGUGAGGUGUACAUCUGAGCAGAAGGUUAUCUUGGCUACGAUGCAGCUUGUUGGUGAAGCCAAGCAUUGGUGGGAUUCUGUUAAGCCCACAGAUGGAAGAUCUAUGUCUUGGGAUGAAUUUAAAGAAAGAUUUUAUGAUUUUCACUUUCCGCCAGCUUUCAGAGAUGAGAAAGAGGCAGAGUUUCAUGCAUUUCAGCAGGGGGACUUAGACGAGGAGACUUUUAUAAGAAAAUUCAAUCAGCUGUCUAAGUUCUCAACAUAUCUGAAGGCUUCUAAUGAUAGCAAGUGGAAAGCAAAGAGGUUAUUAGAAAAGAUGAGGCCAGAAUACCGCCAGCAGCUAUCUUUGUUGGGCGAGGCGACAUAUGAUGAGAUGUGCAAUCGUCUGAGGAUUGCCGCUCGUCGAGGUCGAGACACAGAGAGUAGCCGGAGUAGGGAUACACGAGGUCGAUUUUCUUUUGGGUUAGCUCCUACUGGUGGUGUAUCCAAGAGAAUGGGUUUUAGCUCUGGUUCUUCUUCUAGUGGUUCCUUUAGAAUCGGGUCUUCUUCUGCUUCUGGUAAUCGAAAUUUAAAUAGGGGUUCAAGAUUUCAAGGUAAUCGGGGUGGUAAUAUGAGAUCUGGGGGUUCUCGUUUCUCUGGGAACGCUCCAGCACGUUCUUCACAGACCAGUCAAGCCCCAAUUCUAAGCACAGCGAGGUCACCUUGCAAUAGAUGUGGUAGGGUUCAUUUUGGUCGCUGCUUUGCUUGUUACAAGUGUGGAAAGUUAGGCCAUUUGAUCCGUGACUGCCCUGAUUUACAUGAGAGCUCGGACCGGAGGAACGUGAUUCCUGGUAGAGUGUAUACAGUAUCUCAGGAGGAGGCUAGGAAGUCAUCGAAUCUAAUCACUGGUCCAGGCGAAGGAUCCAGUGGUGGACGGGGAAAAGAGCAAAGCUAGGGGUUUGCUUGUGAUUUGUAAAGAACUGCAACCCCUUUCUUUUGAGCAAAUAUAUUGUAAUGUAUUUAAGAUUAGGGUGCCAGUAGGAUAUGAUUAUGUGUGUGUGUGUGAAUAUGUGUGGAUUGUGUGCUUGUGUAUGAAUUUUUGUCUAUUUGCAGACUUGUGGCUAGGAAACUUGGUUAUGGUGUGUGGUUUUGAUGGAUUUACUUAGUAGACCAAGUUUCUAUUACAAGCAGAUCUUUGUUUUGUUAUAUAUGUGAUUUUAUAAGCAAAUGCAAAGUGGUUGCAUUGCAAAUGGUGUGCUAUGGGCAAACAUACACCUUGGAUAGAGAGAGGGGGUGCGUGGGCCCCACAAGGAGCUCUGAGCCAAGUGAAAAUGUUUAGCAUAUGUAUUUAUAUAAAUACAUGGUAUUUGGAUUGAUUUGUGACCACUCUUGUAUGAUUUGUGUAUUUUGGGGGUUUAGGGUCCAUUUUGGGAAAUGGCACCCG